GUCUUCAUUUACACAACUAUUUUUUAGGUUCGGGUUUAUCAUCCCCGAAAUUAUAGGUAGUUGGGAAACAAAAGUACAAUUUCUCAUGGAAGUAUUUAUUUUGGCAUCGAUUCUUGAAUGACGCUUCGUAAAUAGUUUUACUUUGAUAUAUUCCAAUAAUAUUAUACAAGUGUAUGGACUAUGGACAUUUCUCUAGAAAAGUGAUAUUUGCAUGUCUCAAACAAACAAAUUAUUUCAAUUAUUUUUAAACCUAUCGGACUGAGGAAAAUAUGGGUCAUAAUUUAAAAAAAUCGCGUGUGGAAUGUCAUGCGAUGCAAUAUAACCAAAUAUAACCAAUUUUUCCUUACAGCUUGAAUAAUCUUAUGGCAAAUGUAUAAUUUCUGUAUGCACAUAUAAGUUUCACAUUUGAACAAAUUAUGUAGAUUACAGUUUGACCUAGUCUUUCAUAUACAUUUGUAUGUAUAUAUGUAUUUAAAUUACAGCGCUUAUUCUUAAUAAAUACUACGAUAAGAACUUGUAAAAUCUAAUCUAAACGCAGAUAAUUAAUCCAUUUAAUUAUCAAAAUGUUGUUGGCUGUUCGAACAACUGUGAAAUUGUGCGUCUUUGUUCUUGGUAUUGUGAUAACUCUUCCAGUUAUCUUGUACCGACUCAUUCUUUCAACUCUGGUGUCUUACUUCUACUCCAUGAAAAUGGUCGAAUCGCGCAGUUCGUGUUUCCUUGCAGAGGAUUUUCACCUAAAAGAUAGCUACACUUCCAUGCUUAUCAUAGAACUCGAUUCUGGACAACACUUGGAAUUGUCGGAACUCCGUCGUCUUGUUCAAGAAAGAAUCAUUGAUGACGCAAAGUACUCAGAACUACGAUCUACAGUGACUCAAUUUAUGGGGUAUUUGUUUUGGAAAGAGGAUGAAGAAUUUAAGAUCGAGCAUCACAUCAAUGAACUGAAAGAUCUCAAAGUCCCUUCAGCAGACUUGGCCUGCCCAAACGAGGUGGACGAGUUGGCUAGAAAUUUAAUUCGAUGUCGAUCUUGGAAGAAGAAUAAACCCUUGUGGGAAAUUAUAUUAGCGUCAACAAACAGUGAAAUAAGAGCUGGCAGUGAUAAGAAAGAUGUAAUUUUCGUCAAGUACCACCACGGAAUGAUGGACGGUUUCGCGGCGUUUAACAUGUUAGGGCAACUAUUAGGUCAAGGUGACCUAAGUAUGAAAGCGAUUUGUAUCAACCAGGUUAAAAAACCAACAAGAAAUUGGAACAUGAUAUAUAAAUUAGUGUCAAGUCUUGCAAUAGCUCCGAUCGACGUAUGGCAGUAUUUCUAUUCAGUUGAUGGAGUAACCUGUAAACUACCUGCGCUUAGCAGUGAGCAUGAAACCAACUUCAAUGUUAUCUCACAUGCCGGGAAGUUGGAGAUCAUAAAAGCUGCAAAAUGGCGACACAAAGUUGAUUUCAAUUCUGUCUAUGUCGCUGGAAUUACAGCAUUUUAUCGCAACGUCUUAUUAACAAGUGGUCAUAUUAUAAAUCAUGAUGCUACCGUCGGGGUCGUCCUUCUCAUGCCAGGUCACCCAGGGACAAUGUCCAACUACAUCAUUGCAGCAAAUCUGGUUCUCCCAUUAAGAGAAUCAGAUCGGAUAAAGAGAUUACAAUUGAUAUCUCAGCAAAUAAAAAGGGUUACGAGAUCGCAAGUUCCGCGAUUUAUAUUUUUAAUUUUCACCUGGCUCGGCUCACUGCCACACCCACUUUUAAAAUGGGUUAGAAAUCAAGGAAUAAUAUUCAAAAAUCAUUUUGUGGCCACAAAUAUUGGUGGAGGAAGUGAGAACCAUACACUUACACUUGGAGAGAAAACUAUAUCUGGACUUCGAUCUGUAAUGAACACUACAAAAGAUGGACCGGGAUUUAAAAUUGGGCUGCUAACUUACAAUGGAGAUGUACGAGUGACAGCUUGUUUCAAAGGUGGACUAUUACCUGAAAGACCACAAAAUAUGAUGGCUGAAUGCUUUCAUGAAUGGGAGGCCUUGAAUAGAGAAUAUUAACGUGUACUCAAUCUUAUACAGCUCUGUGAAUACAACUUAUAGUGAUACUCUACUUAUGCGUUAAAUUGCAAAUUAUUUUGGGAACAACAUGUAAAAGUUGAAGCAAUUUUCAUUAUUUGUCAAUUAAUACACACACGCUUCUGAUAAAUUUAAA